GUUGUGAACAUUUAAGUCAUCGGCCACAGUCGUUGUGGAGGCAUUCGUGCCCCUAUGAGCAUGCAAGAUGAAGUACAUGCCUACAGGAGCAUAUUAGCCUUUUGCAUGUCUCAUAUUUUUGAGCAUAACUACUGAAGCAAGCUUCCUCCGUGGCUCCACCUCUCUCAACUGCUCAAGCAAGCUUUCUCCGCCUCUCUCAUUCUUUCUCUGAUUCCCUGCUCUCUGCCUCUCUCAACUGCUCAAGGUUUUGAGUUUUGAGGACUGAGGAUGAAUGAGCUUUUUACUCUGCAUGUCCACCAUGGUGGGCAUUUCAUGUGGAACCCUCAAGCGUAUGUGGGAGGGACAGUUGAUAUAGUGGAUAACUGUGACCCAGAUAGGUGGUCAAAAGUAGAGAUUGAGAGUAUAUGUAGGGAUUUUGGCUACUCUGAAGUAGAUAAGCUAUGGUAUAAAAUGCCUGGUGUGGACCCAGAGCGGUCAAAUUUCCAUCAGGUGGUUGAUGAUGAUGCUGCUAUGUUCAUGACUGACUUGGUGAAGGGAUAUGGGGAGAUUCAUGUCUUUGUGGAGCAUCCAGUGCAUGAACCAGUUGAGUUACCAGUGGAGGAUUUUGAUCCCUUAGCUGCUGCAGUACCUGGUAGUGAAGUAGAAGGUGUAGGUGUAGAGGUUUUUGCUAGUGACAGAGUGCUUCAAAAUGAUAAUGAAGAGUACAGACCUGAUUUUUCACAAUUUGGAGGCCAUGAUGAUGCUGAAUUUGUUAAUGAGGAAGUUUGUGCUAGGAGGGCUGGCAAAGCACCAGUUGUUGAUGACCAAGUUGAGGAGAGUAGUGAGGGCAGUGAUGGUGCAUACUUGGGCAGUGAGGGUAGUGAAGGCAGUGAGGAUGAGAGGAGUGACUUAGAAGAAGAGGCAGAGGCAGAGGCAGAGCCAGAAGUGCAACCAAUGAAUAUUGGUGAAGAUAGUCCUGAUAGUUGGGACAAUCAAGCUGAAAAUGCUGAGGUUGAAGCAGGACAAAUGGGUGGUGGUGUCAUGAAUUCUGACUAUGAGAGUGAGGAGUUGCUUAGCCUUGAUGAAUCAUCAUCAGGCAGUGAGGGUGGUGAUGAUUCAAGUGAUGAUGACAUCCCUGUUGCUGAGGUUGACAAUUCUAUUAGGAGCAGCAAAUAUCCAAUCUUUAGGCCAGUAGCCAAAGCUGAGAACCUUAGGUUUGAAAAGGAUAUGUUGUUCAUCUCAGCUAAACAAUUUAAAGAUGCUAUAACUGAUUAUGCAGUCCAUGGUGGUUGGGGUAUAAAAUUUGUAAAAAAUGACUUGGUGAAAGUGAGAGCCCGAUGCCAGCCAGGGUGCAAUUUUGUUGCCUACCUUGCAAAGGUGCCAAGGGAGAAGAGUUUUAGAUUGAAAACACUGAACAUGGAACACACAUGCAGCAGAAGCUAUAGAAAUCCAAGGUGCACAGCAUCAUACAUUGGGAAGAAGUUAGUGAAGAGGGUUAGGAGACAGCCUGGCAUAAAGCUUAAGGAUAUUCAGGAGGCUGUGCAUGAGAAGUAUGUGGUUGACAUAAGUGCAGGCAAGGCAAGUAGGGCUAGAGAGAGAGCUCAAGAUGCUGUUGAUGGGACCCACACUGCAUAG